AAGAAACGCACUCCUCUUCAUUUAGCUGCAAUUGGUAUAGUUUCAUUUAGGAAUUCUACCCCAGUCCUAGAAACACUUCUGAAAGCUGGUGUCCACAAAGAACCACGUGACGAGUUAUAUCGGACACCGCUUCAUUUGGCUGCAGAAAAUGGCUGCGAGUCUACAGUAGGAAUACUCCUGAAAACAGGUGUGGAAAAAGAUCCAGGUGAUGAAUUUUAUCGGACACCACUUCAUUUGGCUGCAAAAAAUGGAUGUGAUUCUACAGUAGAAAUACUCCUGAAAUCAGGUGUGGAAAAAGAUCCAGGUGAUGACUUUUAUCGGACACCACUUCAUUUGGCUGCAAAAAAUGGAUGUGAUUCUACAGUAGAAAUACUCCUGAAAUCAGGUGUGGAAAAAGAUCCAGGUGAUGACUUAUAUCGGACACCGCUUCAUUAUGCUGUAAAUAAUGGACGUGAUUCUAUAGUAGAAUUACUCCUGAAAGCAGGUGUGGAAAAAGAUCCACGUGAUGAAACACAUAAGACACCGCUUCAUUUGGCUGCAGAAAAUGGACAUGAUUCUACAGUUCAAAUACUCCUGAGAGCAGAUGUGAAAAAAGAACCACGUGAUAAGAAGAAACGCACUCCUUUUCAUUUAGCUGCAACUGGUAAAUAUUCAUUUAUGAAUUAUACCCCAGUCCUAGAAACACUUCUGAAAGCUGGUGUCUCCAAAGAACCACGUGACGAGUUAUAUCGGACACCGCUUCAUUUGGCUGCAGAAAAUGGAUGCGAGUCUACAGUAGGAAUACUCCUGAAAACAGGUGUGGAAAAAGAUCCACGUGAUGAAACACAUAAGACACCGCUUCAUUUGGCUGCAGAAUAUGGACGUGAUUCUACAGUUCAAAUACUCCUGAAAGCAGAU